AUGCCGGCCAAGACAUCUGCCAAGAAGAUGGCACCCACACCCAAGACAACGGAGGACAUCUGCCUACGUCGCCUAGAACGCCGUUCAAAAGAGAGUGUAGAGAAACAAAUUUCGCUUGCCGAAACCAUAUCACCCUUGGACACCUACCCACCUUUACUACGCAUCCCGUCUGAGAUUCGGAGGGAGAUUUUCCGAUAUGUCUUACCAUCAUCAAACAAGCGAUUUAUUCUCUACACCGAUUGCGACGCACGAUCCAUCAGCAGGAAAUGGAACAAGAAUUGCCGCCCUCACCCUGACAGACACUUAAGUCUGGAUGUUUUACGGACGAAUCGCCUGAUCUAUCACGAAUGCCUGCAAAUCAUAUACUCGGAGAACCAGUUCCAUUUCUAUGCAUUCAACUAUUUGCCUGUUCUGGAUUUCAUACGUCAUUUAAGCCCUGAAGCCAAGAAUCAAGUCCGCAAUGUGCGGCUCACACCUUUGACGGAUAAGCAGGAUGAUCCGCCAGCGUCGCACGAUGUAUUCUGUACCGUCAUGCAUGACUCUUUACCUGGACUCAGUCAACUACAGGCAGAUCCAGUAGUCUUCUUCUAG